GGGCGCGGGCCCUUGCUUCCGGGAAGACGGAAAAAGGAGAGGCACCCGGGAGCUAUUUGUGGACGGACCCAGGAGUCCCGGAUCAGUAAGCGGCGGCUGGGGGACCGAAAGCGUUGCUGCUCCGCUGUAGUCCACGCCCCCUUCCUCCGCUUGGGUGACCGCCUCUGCGCAAGGAAAGGUUUGUGGUUUCUGGAGAGCACCUAGCGCCGCCACCGCGCUUCUGCCGGAGGUCCGGCCCGGGUUGACGGAGGACACGGUGAGCCAGCCCCUCUCCCCUAGGCAACCCACACAACCCGGGGUCUGAAGAUGCUGCGAUCAAUGUGGAAUUUUCUGAAACGUCACAAAAAGAAAUGCAUCUUCCUGGGCACAGUCCUUGGAGGAGUAUAUAUCCUGGGAAAAUAUGGACAGAAAAAAAUUAGAGAAAUACAAGAAAGAGAAGCUGCAGAAUACAUUGCCCAAGCUCGGCGACAAUACCAUUUUGAAAGUAACCAGAGGACUUGCAAUAUGACAGUGCUGUCCAUGCUGCCAACGCUGAGAGAGGCCUUAAUGCAGCAGCUCAACUCGGAGAGUCUAACAGCUUUGUUGAAAAACAGGCCUUCAAACAAGCUGGAAAUAUGGGAGGACCUAAAGAUAAUAAGUUUCACAAGAAGUAUUGUAGCUGUAUAUAGCACGUGUAUGCUGGUGGUUCUUUUGCGAGUCCAGUUAAACAUAAUUGGUGGAUAUAUUUACCUGGAUAAUGCAACAGUUGGCAAAAAUGGCACUACUGUUCUUGCUCCUCCAGAUGUACAGCAGCAGUAUUUAUCAAGUAUUCAACACCUCCUUGGAGAUGGCCUGACAGAGUUGGUCACUGUCAUUAAACAAGCUGUACAGCGGAUUUUAGGACGUGUUUCUCUUAAACAUUCCUUGUCUCUUUUGGACUUGGAGCAAAAACUAAAAGAAAUUAGAAUUCUUGUUGAGCAACAUCAGUCUUCUUGGAAUGAUAAAAAUGUGUUCAAGUCUUCACUGUGCCAGUUCAUGAUGCCAGAUGAGGAAACACCGUUGGCAGCUCAGGCCUAUGGGCUUUCUCCCAGAGAUAUUACCACUAUUAAACUUCUCAAUGAGACAAGAGACAUGCUGGAAAGUCCAGAUUUUAGUACAGUUUUGAAUACCUGUUUAAACAGAGGCUUCAGUCGACUUCUAGACAACAUGGCAGAAUUCUUUCGACCCACUGAACAGGACCUACAACAUGGUAACUCCAUAAACAGUCUGUCCAGUGUCAGCCUGCCUUUGGCUAAGAUAAUCCCCAUAGUGAACGGACAGAUCCAUUCAGUCUGCAGCGAGACACCUAGUCAUUUUGUGCAGGAUCUGCUGAUGAUGGAGCAAGUGAAAGACUUUGCUGCUAACGUGUACGAAGCGUUUAGUACACCCCAACUGGAGAAAUGACUGCUUUCUUUCAAGAAAAACUAAAGCAGAUUCAUCUACAUUAAAAAGUACUCUGAGUAAAUCACCUAUACCUAGAGUGACAAUUUGCAACCAAAUGCCUAAUAAAAUAUAUUCUUAAGCAGAGUCUUCAUUUCAUAA